GGCCGCCGUAGCCGGAACUGCAGAGCGGGACGGCCUGGGUCUAGGGAGGGCGAGCGGCCGCACUUACCCGCGCCCUCAGCCCUGUCAGCCGCGCGCCGGCCUGCGAACCGGACGUGGGAGGAGAAAGCUUCUGCGUGACCACAUCUGACGCGUCACUACCAGCCCGGCGUCGCGGCCUCGCCGCAGCCGGAGCUGCCGGGCCCGGCAGUUUCUGCGGGCGCCCGCGGAGGCCCGGGGAUCCGGGAGCCAGGUUGCCGCGAGGCGUGGAUGAAAAAGGAUGACAGUGAAGUUGGGCGACGCCGGCAGCGGGGAGGAAGGGCUCAAGAAGCUGGGCAAGCGGACGGCUGAUGAGGAGUCCCUGGACGGAGAGGGGCCCGGCGGUGCGGACGCGGCCGAGGACAGCAACAGCACAAAGAGGGACGGGCCGACCCCGCGGGCCGCAGGCGUUCGCGCACCUCCCGGAGGGCCGCCAGCGCAGUCUCUGCCGCAGGGCAGCCCCCAGGACCAGCACCACUUUCUCAGGUCUAGCGUGCGGCCGCAGAGCAAGAGGCCUAGGAAGGAAGCACCCUGCGCGGUGGGCAGCGGCGGUGCCAGCGGUUCUGGGCAGCGGGGAAAAGGAGGUGACAGUGGUGCAUCAUCGUCUGGAAACGUGUCUGGGCUUGCUCCUGUCACCCCUGCAGGAGGUUCGCGCUCCUCUUCCCGGAACUUAGGGUCUUCAGGAGCAGAGAAGGAAGAAGGAAAGAAGGUCCGGCGUCAGUGGGAGUCAUGGAGCACAGAGGACAAGAACACCUUCUUCGAGGGAUUGUAUGAGCAUGGAAAAGACUUUGAAGCCAUUCAGAACAAUAUCGCUUUAAAGUACAAGAAGAAGGGCAAGCCUGCAAGCAUGGUGAAGAACAAAGAACAGGUUCGGCAUUUUUACUAUCGCACCUGGCACAAGAUUACCAAGUACAUUGACUUUGACAACGUGUUCUCUCGAGGGCUGAAGAAAUCAUCCCAGGAGCUAUAUGGCCUUAUUUGCUAUGGCGAGCUACGCAAGAAGAUUGGGGGUUGUAUGGAUGACAAGAAUGCAACAAAGUUGAAUGAACUCAUUCAAGUUGGGGCCACCACUGUACGUUACAAAGGGAGAAACCUGCGGAUCAAAGCACCCAUGUGCCGCGCCCUGAAGAAACUCUGUGAUCCAGAUGGUCUGAGUGAUGAAGAGGACCAGAAGCCAGUACGCCUACCUCUGAAAGUCCCUCUAGAGCUACAGCCCCGGAAUAACCAUGCCUGGGCACGCGUGCAAAGCCUGGCCCAGAAUCCACGCCUCAGGAUGAUCGUGGAACUACAUCGAAAAGUCUCCAGCCUCAUUGAGUUCUUAAAGCAGAAGUGGGCACUCUAUGAAGUACGAAUUCGGAAGACACUUGAGGAGAGGCAGCUGCAGGACUCAAGCACAGCACAGACCCAGGAGAAGGUGGCAUUGCACUUGUUUCCAGGCGAGAACUGCACAUUGACACCCUUGCCGGGUGUGGCCCGUGUGGUGCACUCCAAAGCCUUUUGCACUGUGCACUGGCAGGAGGGUGGCCGGUGCAAACAGGGCACCAAGGACAUACACUCGCUGCCUCCAGCCCAAAUCCUGGGCAUUCAGAGUGGGCAGGGCAUAGCCCGAGGCCAGGUGAAGUGCCAGAGGGGCAGUGCUGAGGGCAAGGGUGGGGUAAGGCCCCCUCUUGCUACAGAUGCUUCACAGAGUUCUGGAGAGAGUUCCCCUGAGAGUGCUCCUGGAGAGGGGACAGCCCCAAGUAUGAGCAGCCCAGAUGCCCCUGACAAAGUUCCCCAUAGACACCAAGACUCUGGUCCACGGUUUGAGAAGACCCCUGCAGUGGCCCUUGCAGGAGGUGGAGACAGCCCCAUUCAAGAACUUGGGGCCCUGUCUUGUGCCUGUGGGCAGCCUCCAGACUUGGAAGAUGAGCUCUCACUUCUUGACCCCUUACCCCGCUACCUGAAGUCCUGCCAGGAUCUCAUCAUCCCAGAGCAGUGCCGCUGUGUGGACACACAACCUGGGAGAGAGCACCCUCCUCCUGGCAGGGCAGCUUCCCCAGAGGUCCUAACCCCUAGCAGUGGAGAGGUUGCUGACAAUGGUCCCCCUGGGUUGGACCCUCAACCUAGACCCAGGCUCCUGCCAGAUAUUUGUACUAAAGACCUGGCAGAUGCACCUUCAGAAGAGUCCCAGGAGAAGGGGAACCCUUCAGAACCUCUGCUGUUUCAGGGACAGCCUGCCACCAGGCCUCCGAAGGAAGUCCCUGCCAGCCGACUGGCCCAGCAGCUACGUGAAGAGGGCUGGAGCUUGCAAACCUCUGAGAGCCUCACACUGGCUGAAGUCUACCUCAUGAUGGGCAAGCCAAGCAAGCUGCAACUAGAGUAUGACUGGCUGGCAGUGCUGGGUCCCGAGGGCCAGGCACCAACAACACAGGGCCAGACUGCCCUCCCCCGCUCCCCACCUUCAGCCCUCCACCAGCAGCGCCUCUUGAGCUGUCUCCUGAGGCUCAUCUCCACUGAGGUCCACCCCAAACUGGCUCUGGAUACAAACACAGCAUCAACAGCCUCAGUGAAACCCACCCAAGAGGAGCAAUCUACAACUCCCCCAGGGAAGGUAGUGACCAUUAGCUCUCGGAGUCCCCGCUGUCCUCGCAACCAAUCUGCCCUUCGCAGCAGCAAGACUUUCCCACCUGGUUCUGCACCUUGCUCUUCAGGUUUAAGAAACCCCCCAAGACCCCUUUUGGUGGCUGGUCCCCCCAACACAGGAAGCAGUGACUCUGAUGGUGGCCUCUUUGCUGUCCCAACAACUUUGCCACCCAACAGCCGACAUGGGAAGCUCUUCUCUCCCAGUAAAGAGGCAGAACUGACUUUCCGGCAGCAUCUGGACUCCAUUAGCAUGCAGUCAGACUUCUUCUCACCAAAACCCAAGAAAUUGCGGAAACGGCACUUGCGGAAGCCACUGGUGGUCCAGCGAACACUGCUCCCUAGACCAUCUGAAAACCAGUCCCAUAAUGUGUGUUCCUUCUCCAUCCUAUCUAAUUCUCCUAUAGCUGGGAGAGGCUGGUUCCGUCCCAUCCAGUCUUCUCUGACCAAAGCAGCCCUGUCUCGGCCGAUUGUGCCCAAGGUCCUUCCGUCUCGGGCCACUAGCCACCUAGCCAGUGCCAUUGACCUAGCAGCUCAAAGUGCUGGCAUCAUCCCCGGAAGUCCCCUACCAGUUUUGGAUACUGAUGGGUCAUCUAGCAUCACUCCACUGUCUUCAGAGGAGGUGACAACAGCUGUCUCAGGGCAGGAUGACACUGGACCACACCAUAACAGAGAGCCUGUCACUGCUGUGAGGGGAACUAGUGACCCAUUUAUCAGCAUUCCAAGACCAGAGCAAGAGCCAUUGACAGAUGGUUUUCAGGGAUCAUCCGUUCUUUCCUUACCCGACUUGCCCAAGGCACAUCUCCAGAAUGGCCUUUCCACACCUCUACCCUCAUCAGAGAGCUCCAACACCCGGCUCUCCCCACCUAAUGUUUCUGCACUGCUGGACAUCUCCCUGCCUGGCCCACCUGAGGAUGUUCUUUCACAGGGAGAACCCGCCACACAGAUCAGUGACUCUAUCAUUGAGAUUGCCAUCAGCUCUGGCCAGUACAGUGAAGGAGUCCCUCUUUCUCCAGCAAAACUGAACGGCAGUGACAGUUCCAAGAGUCUUCCUUCCCCAUCCAGCAGUCCCCAGCCCAACUGGAUUGCCUCCCCCACCCAUGACCCCCAGUGGUACCCCAGUGAUUCCACAGACUCCUCACUCAGCAGCUUGUUUGCCAGCUUCAUUUCCCCCGAGAAGAGCAGAAAGAUGCUGCCAACUCCUGUUGGGGCUAACAGCGGUACUUCCUUGCUUGGCCCUAGCUUGUUGGAUGGAAACUCCCGGGACUCUUUUGUAUCCAGGUCCCUGGCUGAUGUUGCAGAAGUGGUAGAUUCCCAGCUGGUGUGCAUGAUGAAUGAGAACAGCAUUGACUACAUAUCUCGGUUCAAUGACCUGGCCCAAGAACUUUCCGUCACUGAGCCUGGCCGCCGGGAGGUUUUAUUUGAUGGUGGUGGAGGUGGUCCCCCUGUUGGUGACCUCUCCCAGUGACUGUGCCUAGUGAAAGGGGCAUCCUGGAAGCCAUAGGGAAGCGCUAUGAGGCGGGUCCAUGAAACUCUUCACAGUAGAGAAAGUUAAGCCCAGAGUCCCCAGAAGAUGGUGAACAGGAGCACCUAUCCAGUACAGAAUAUACAGCCUAUAGGAGCAGCUCAUCAUGGCCUGUCUGAACAAGUAGGGGCCAUACCAUCCAAGGAAAUAGGACAAACUCUGAAGAGUAGACAUCAGAAAUUGUUGUGGUGUGGGAGCCCUUUCUCACAGUGCCACAGCCUGUGUGGUGAUCCCAGCUGUGAGUCUGUGCUUAAGGCCUUCCACAGGGUCUCCUCCCUGCAAAAGGCAUGGCUGGCAGUCAGUGCUUCCUGGGAGAUGUUAGCCUGUGCAUGAGGAGGCCACCACCACUGCUGCUUUUUUCUGAUGUCUCUUCCCUACUUGGCUGCUCUGUCUGUGAUGAUGUUUCCAGGGGACAGUUGACCACAGCUCCUGCCUGGUGGUGUCUGCAACCCGACUGAACACUUCUGGAUGCCCUGACCAUGAGGCAAAGAAUAGUCCCAGGGACAUGUAGCCAGUGCCAUCUUCCCAAGAAUACUGACCUUCAUGUAAUGCUUCUCCCAUCCAGAGGUUUGGUUCU